AUGCUCUGCAGCUGGGCUGCACCUCAAUGAACCUAAUUGGUGCACUGUGAGCGACCAUCAUCUAUCCACUGGAUUCCCAUCGCAGUCGGCUUUCAUCCAGAACAUAUGAAUUUGCUUAGACAGACCCUUUUGAGGAGUUGAACAGAUAGGUCGGAGAAAAUGGCACAACGCGUGGUUUUGUUUCUUCUGUGGCUCUUUGAAAGAUCAUUCGCAGGAUUUCCCAAUCAGAUUAAUAUCGGGGGACUGUUCAUGCGUUCCACGGUGCAGGAGCACAGCGCGUUCAGGUUCGCUGUCCAACUCUACAACACCAACCAAAACACCACUGAAAAGCCUUUCCACCUCAACUACAAUGUCGACAACCUCGAGUCGUCCAACAGCUUUUCAGUCACCCAUGCGUUUUGCUCCCAGUUCUCCCGCGGGGUGUACGCCAUCUUCGGAUUCUACGACAAGAAGUCCAUGAACACCUUGACCUCGUUCUGCGGCGCUCUGCACACUUCCUUUGUCACACCCAGUUACCCCACUGAUAAUGAGGUGCAGUUUGUCAUCCAGAUGCGACCCGCCCUCCGGGGUGCUGUCCUCAGCCUGCUCUCUCACUACAAGUGGCAGAAGUUUGUCUACCUCUACGACACUGACCGAGGUUUCUCUAUACUGCAGGCCAUCAUGGAGGCAGCAGUGGCUAACAACUGGCAGGUGACCGCUCGCUCUGUUAGCAGCACAACAGACGCGGCAGAGUUCAAGCGCAUCAUCGAGGAGAUGGACAGGAGGCAGGAGAAGCGCUAUGUGAUUGACUGCGAGGUGGACAGGAUCAACACCAUAUUAGAGCAGGUUGUGACGCUGGGGAAGAACAGCCGUGGUUACCACUACAUUCUGGCCAAUCUUGGAUUUUCUAAUGUGAGCCUGGACAAAGUCUUCGCCGGUGGAGCCAACAUUUCAGGGUUUCAGAUAGUGAACCCUGAGAACCCAAUUGUGCAGCAGUUUAUGCAGCGCUGGGAGCGGCUAGAUGAAAGAGAAUUCCCAGAAGCCCGAAACACUCCUCUGAAGUACACUUCAGCUCUGACCCAUGAUGCCAUCCUGGUGAUAGCAGAGGCCUUCAGGUACCUGCGGCGCCAACGUGUGGAUGUCUCUCGCCGGGGCAGCGCUGGAGACUGUCUAGCCAAUCCCGCUGUACCUUGGAGCCAAGGCAUCGACAUCGAGAGAGCUCUCAAAACGGUCCAAGUGCAGGGUAUGACCGGGAACAUCCAGUUUGACAACUACGGCCGCAGGACAAACUACACCAUAGAUGUUUAUGAGAUGAAAACAGGUGGGCCGAGGAAGAUUGGGUACUGGAACGAGUACACGCGAUUUGUAAAUAUUAUGGACCCGCAGGUCUCCAACGACUCCUCAGUGGAAAACCGAACGAUUGUGGUCACUACUAUUAUGGAAGCUCCUUAUGUGAUGUACAAGAAAAAUUAUAUGCAUCUGGAGGGGAAUGACAGAUAUGAAGGCUACUGCGUCGAUUUAGCAUCUGAGAUUGCCAAACAUGUUGGAAUUAAGUACAAACUGUCUAUAGUAAUGGAUGGGAAGUACGGAGCCCGAGACCCCGAGACCAAGACGUGGAACGGGAUGGUGGGUGAACUGGUCUAUGGGAGAGCAGAUAUAGCUGUUGCACCUCUCACCAUUACUCUGGUUCGAGAGGAGGUGAUAGACUUUUCCAAGCCAUUUAUGAGCUUGGGCAUCUCCAUUAUGAUAAAGAAGCCUCAAAAGUCCAAGCCUGGUGUUUUCUCCUUCCUGGACCCACUGGCCUAUGAGAUCUGGAUGUGUAUAGUGUUUGCCUAUAUUGGGGUGAGCGUGGUUCUGUUCCUGGUCAGUCGGUUCAGUCCUUAUGAGUGGAACCUCGAGGAACAGGACGAGACCAAAGACCCCCAGACUCCCCCCGAUCCUCCCAAUGACUUUGGCAUCUUCAAUUCCCUCUGGUUCUCACUGGGCGCCUUCAUGCAGCAGGGCUGUGACAUCUCCCCCAGAUCUCUGUCGGGCCGUAUUGUCGGUGGUGUGUGGUGGUUCUUCACCCUCAUCAUCAUCUCCUCCUAUACAGCCAACCUGGCUGCCUUCUUGACAGUGGAGAGGAUGGUCUCUCCCAUAGAAAGUGCCGAAGAUCUGGCCAAGCAGACAGAGAUAGCCUAUGGCACUCUGGACUCAGGCUCCACAAAAGAGUUUUUUAGGCGAUCCAAAAUAGCAGUGUAUGAGAAGAUGUGGUCAUACAUGAAAUCCGCUGAACCCUCAGUGUUUGUUAAGACCACUCCCGAUGGCGUAGCCCGGGUACGAAAGUCAAAGGGCAAGUUCGCCUUUCUCCUCGAGUCCACCAUGAAUGAGUACAUCGAGCAGCGGAAGCCGUGCGACACCAUGAAAGUGGGCGGGAACCUCGACUCGAAAGGCUACGGUGUAGCGACGCCCAAAGGCUCAGCAUUAAGAACUCCUGUAAACCUUGCAGUAUUGAAACUCAGUGAACAAGGCAUCUUAGACAAGCUGAAAAACAAAUGGUGGUACGAUAAGGGUGAAUGUGGAACCAAGGACUCUGGAAGUAAGGUCAGUCGCUGCAGGUCUUUUGUACUGAUUCCAAAUUGCAUUUUGACGUACUGUUCAUAUGCAAGACAAAACUUCUCUAACAUCUAUAGUAUACAUUUUGUUUAUUUGCUACACAUAUUUUUUUCUUUUUUUAGUGUUUCAGUUUUUUCUGCCACCAGCUGUAACGCAGUUUUUGUGGCGUUAACACAUGGCACUGCUUCCCCAAAUUCAUUUUUUUCUUUCUUUUAUGCCAUAGAAAUGAGACACUUUUUGAUGCAAUAUAAAAUGUAGAAACUCCUUUUUGUUAAAACUGUAAUGAUAAUGCUGAGGGGAAAUUGCUGAAAGUGCCUUUCAGAUAUACAAUUUCAGCUGAAUCACAGCAGUUAACAGUUGUUGAUAAAUGCUAUUUUUGCUCAUUUUCACUCUUGACAUUCAUGAUACUCUGACCAUUAUGCUGCUGUUUCUAUUUACCAAACUGUUAAUGAAAAUUUGAUUUAUUUGUGUUGUUACUAGUUUGCACUGAGAUGUGUCUAUUAGAUUCUUUGGCCUCCUGUGGUGUGGUGAACAAGCAAAGCCUCUUAUUGUGAUGAGUUACUCAAAUUCAACUUCUCUAAGCGGCGAGAGCGCCGUAGGGUGUCCUCCAAAUCUUUUGUGGCUGCGCGGAGUUGAGGUUAGAGGCUCUGUUUGCACACUACAAGAAGUUGAGGAAUGUAAUAAACCCACUAUUUAACCCUCUGAGAUAUAGUCAAAGCCUCAGAUUGCAGAUCAGGGUCCCUAGAUAGCUUUAUAAUAUCUCCAUGCUCAUAGGGUUAAACUGCAAAUAGUAAAACCCUAAUGAACAAAUUUUUUAUGAAUAUGUUUGGUAGGUAAGCAGCAGCAAAAUGGUUUGACCUUUAGUGUUUUAUUUAUUUUUUUAACUUUAAUGGAGCUAUCAUUCAUCUACUAUGAAUUUGACUGUACUGUAUGACAAUGUUGCCAUGAGAGUUAUACGUACAUGUCUCUUAAGAGGAUGAAAAAAAAAAAAAAGAUAGGGAUUUUCAGAGCUGUCGACCUAUGCGAUACUGACCAGCUUCCUAACAUGGU